ACACGUCAGAACAAUAUAGCAGCUGCCCUCCUGCCAACUAGACCGAGUUAUGUUAGAAUAAACAUGGGUCAUGUUUACCGAUCAGUUUAGUGCUCCGUGGGAAACCAGUUAUGGUAACAUAAUUGUGUUAAUGUAGCCAAUUUCUUGUUGCAAGAUGUCACAAACGAGUUGAAAUCGGGAAACCUGGAAGUCUGCAAAGCUGAGGUUGUCAGAAUGGCAUGCCCCCUGCCCAUCGUAUGCCGCGCGCUCCGCACGGUGGGCCUGACGAUCUUCUACUAUGUCUUCUCCAUUGGAAUCACGUUCUACAACAAGUGGCUCAUGAAGAUCUUCCACUUUCCCUUGUUCAUGACGCUGGUUCACCUCACCAUUAUAUUUUGCCUGUCUGCGCUGACUCGCCGCAUCAUGCAAUGGUGGACACGGAAGCCCAGGGUCACGCUCAGCUGGAAAGAGUACCUCUCCAAGGUGGCACCAACAGCGCUGGCAACUGCAAUAGACAUUGGCUUAUCUAACUGGAGCUUCCUUUUUAUUACCGUCAGUCUGUACACGAUGACCAAGUCCUCCGCCGUGCUUUUCAUCCUGUUUUUCUCCCUGGUCUUCAAGCUAGAGGAACCGAACCCGUUCCUGAUCCUCGUGGUGCUGCUGAUAGCAGCAGGCCUGUUCAUGUUCACGCUCAAAUCCACACAGUUUAACCUGGAAGGCUUCCUGAUGGUCCUGCUGGCCUCGUUCACUGGGGGAAUCCGCUGGACCCUCACCCAGGUCCUCAUGCAGAAAGCAGAGCUCGGGCUCCAGAACCCCAUUGACACCAUGUAUCACCUGCAGCCACUCAUGUUUCUGGGUCUUUUUCCCCUUUUUCUUCGGUAUGAGGGGCUGAGUCUGUGUACCACAGAUAAGUUGUUCCGGGUGAGUGAGUUCCAGCCGUUGCUCUUCUCUGUCCUGGCUUUGGCUGUGGGUGGUAUCCUGGCAUUUGGGCUGGGCUUCUCUGAGUUCCUGCUGGUUUCCCGGACCUCUAGUCUCACACUCUCCAUCGCCGGCAUCUUUAAGGAGGUGUGCACUCUGCUGUUGGCAGUAGGAUUUUUGGGAGACAGAAUGAGCACGGUGAACUGGCUGGGCUUUGUCGUGUGUCUGUCUGGUAUCUCUCUACACGUGGGCCUGAAGACGUACUACAGCAAAGGUAGUGGGCCAACAUUAAGACCACUGCCGGGCCGAGAACAUCCAGAAAUGGAGCUCCCUCUUCUUACCUCAAGGGAAGAUGCAUACGAUGAGCAAGAUGAAGAAGAAGAAGAAGAACAGUAAAAGAGGACAUGAGCUUAUCAGUCAGUGCCGAAAAACAGGAAGGAGGAAUGAACCCUCAGCAUUGUCUCUGUCGCGGGGCCCUGGACGGCCAGGCAGAAUGCAGAUGCAGGAAACGUGGCACACACGUAAUGUGGCGCAGUGAGGACAAAAAAAAGCGGACGCUGUUAGAAAGGCUGUUAGGUUGUACAAAUCUUUCAGUUCGCAGCAUACUGAAGUCUGCUGGGGUGUUUCAGGCCCAGAGACCUCCGACUCCCUGCUGAUGGGUAGAGCGGUGCAGAGGCAGUUUAGCUGCUGACUGUGACCAGGUUCUAGUGCUGCAUGAUCAGCAAUUCCCACAUCACGAAUGGUUGUCAUAUGACACACGUAUAAAUUACUAAAAACUAUGGCUCGCCAAGUGCCUUGAACAGGCAGCAAGGUAUAAAAUAAUUUUUUAUUGUAUUUUUUUUCAGAUCACAAAUUUGUCCUAUUGACAAAGUCCAUUUCAGUUAAUAUGAGUUACAUUGAGUUAACUCCUAUUACAAUAUGAGUUAGGAUUGAGUUACAUUGUGGUGAAUAAUAUUGUAGAAUUUAUUUAUUUCAAUUGUGCAUCCUUAACCAGGAUCACAUUCUCAGUCAGGACUCAGGACCAGUUGCCAUGUGGCCUUACACAUUUUUGUUUACAUAAGGACUGCUGCCUCCUUUUAUUAAAUAAUGCUAUUUUGGACUGAUAUAAUAGUUUUGGUAAUUAUGUACUGAAUACUAAUCAACUUUAAUGACUUUAAAUAAAUAACUUGAUUCCUAUUUAAUCACUUCAUGAAAACAAACUUGUAAACUGCACAGGCUCCUUGCUAUAUGCUGUUUCACAUGUUUAAAUCAUGGCUAGUUUUCAUCCCCCCCUUGAAACGCAGGCCAAUCACUGCAGAGCAUGUGAAAAGAUUUAUUCAUUAAGGUGUUCUGUCAAUGAGACUUUGCAGAGGUUUUAACCUUACCUGGAUUUAUUUGUAUGUAGCGGAUGAACCUUCAGCCAGAAGGCCUAUUCAUUAUACACUGCUUCUUCACAGGGCAGUAGAGGAUAACUUUUUAAAAAUGUAAUUGAGAGGUUUACUGUUCCUCAUAUGCAAGAGACAGCCUUAUUAUGUCUUCUAAAGGAAAACAUUUCAUUAUGGUGUUUUUGUUAAUUAUGAUAUAAAAUUAUUUUAUUGUUAA